AGCAAUGCUGGGCUGGAAGGAGGAAGUGCAGUGGAGAGGGGAGGGACCGCGCGCAGAGUUCCAGACUGCUGCCGCGGCGCUAAGAACUUGUGCGCAUGGAGCGGCGGGGGACAGCUGGAAGAGCUUCAUACUGCAAACUCAAGGAAUAGCAGAAUACCUGCACAGGAUGGAGACUGAGGAGGCACAGGAAAUGUCCCAGAUAACAGGAGGGGACAGCCCGAAUGCUAACGAGGGGGGAGAGGACCAAGAUGAGGCCAUGCCUGUUCCUGAAGACUUGUCAGCAAGCACUGGCCUCCAACACAACAACCGCACGGACAAACCACUAGCCUGUAAUAUAAAAGUUGAGGCUCGGAGUGACGAGGAAAACGGGCUGGCCUGUGAGAUGAAUGGAGAGGAGGAGGAAUGUGCAGCCGAGGACUUGCGUGUGCUCGAUGGCUCAGGGGCCAAAGUGAACGGCUCCCACGCAGGCCCUGACAGCAAGCCGGCCGCCUACCCCACGGCCGGGGGCAUCCGCCUCCCCAACGGGAAGCUGAAGUGCGAUAUCUGUGGGAUGGUUUGCAUUGGGCCCAAUGUGUUAAUGGUGCACAAGCGAAGUCACACCGACGAAAGAAAGUCAUACAGGUUUGGAAUGACAUACAGUAAGGGGGAAAGGCCAUUCCAGUGCAACCAGUGCGGUGCUUCUUUCACUCAGAAGGGUAACUUGCUCCGACACAUCAAACUGCACUCUGGCGAGAAACCUUUCAAAUGUCACCUGUGCAACUAUGCUUGCCGCCGCAGAGACGCCCUCACUGGACACCUGCGCACGCACUCGGUUGGAAAACCUCAUAAGUGUGCAUACUGUGGGCGCAGUUACAAGCAAAGGAGCUCGCUGGAGGAACAUAAGGAGAGAUGCCACAACUACCUGCAGUGCAUGGGCCUUCAGAAUAGCAUUUAUACAGUGAAGGAAGAGAACAGCCAGAAUGAGCAGAGGGAGGACAUACCAGCAUCUGAGAGAGCCUUGGUGCUAGACAGGAUAGCUAACAAUGUAGCUAAGCGUAAGAGCUCUAUGCCACAGAGGUUUGUGGGAGAGAAUCGUUUGUCGGAGCUGUCAUUCGAAGGCGGCUCAGGUGAGCUCAUGCAGCCUCAUGUGAUUGAUCAGGCCAUCAACAGUGCGAUUAGCUAUCUGGGAGCGGAGUCCUUGCGGCCUUUGGUUCAAACCUCCCCUGGCUCCUCCGACAUGGUGGUCAGCCCUAUUUACAACCUCCACAAGUCACAAUCAGCCGAAGGCAAUGGUGUCUCUGCUAAAGACAGUGCUGCAGAGCAUCUCCUUCUGCUGUCCAAAUCGAAAUCAGCCUCCGUGGAGAAGGACGGCUCGCCCAGCCCCAGCGGCCAGGACUCCACUGACACCGAGAGCAACAACGAGGAAAGGGCAGCCGGGGGAGGUGGGGUAGCAGCCACAGGUGGUCUCAUCUACCUGACCAAUCACAUGGCUCCAGGUAUGCGAAACGGAGGUCUGCCAGUAGUGAAGGAAGAGCAGCAGCGGCAUUUUGAGGCUUUGCGGGCAGCAGGGAUUGAGCUGAGUAUGGGAUCAUCAGAGGGGUUUAAAGUGCUGAGCGGAGAGGGAGAAGAGUUAAGGGCAUACCGCUGCGUCCACUGCAGAGUUUUGUUCCUGGACCACGUCAUGUAUACCAUCCACAUGGGAUGCCAUGGCUUCCGAGACCCCUUCGAGUGCAACCUGUGUGGUUACCGCAGUCAGGACCGCUACGAGUUCUCAUCACACAUCACGCGUGGAGAGCACCGCUUCUGAGUUAACACACAGAGACGUUCCACAUACACUUUACUACACGAUCACACAAGUGUUCUACACACACACACACACACACACACACACACACAUACACAAAACAUUUAACAUUUCAGAAUUUUUUUUAGACACUGUCCAAACACUGGAGUUUUGUGUAACAUUGAUUUAUUUUGUACAUACAGUUGCCUAUAUAUUUCACUGUCUUGUCUAUUUUUCUACAAUGGUGUGACUUGUAUGUAAACCAGUGAGACUUUUAAAAAAGAAAGAACUGUAACUGAAAAUAGAAAUUAGAUGUCUGAAAGUGCAACAUUUUAUAUCAUCCCAUAUAAAAGUGAAGUUUUUGCUGCCCUUAAUAAUAAAAUAGAAAUAUAAAGUUAUAAAAUAUUAUUUGCAACAGAUGUAAACCUCUUACAUAUCUUAUGUAACUCUUCUCUGUAUUCCAACUUUUCACUCUUCAUUUUAAAUAUAUUUUUAUAUUAAGCAGCCUAAAGAAGUUCAUGUCAUUUUAUAAUUUAUUACAAUGAAAAUAUGUCAUGAUAUGUCCAUUUUAUGUAACGACUCCCUUUUGAAAUGCUCCCCAUGUAUAUUGAACCAAAUAUAUGGCAGUACAUACUGUA